AUGGGUGGUUGCUUCUCCUCUCCUCGCAUGGGCGGUGACUUCGGUCCAGGACCCCGUCCGCAUGGUGGUCCUGGCUUUGGCGGUGGAAUGGGAAUGGAUAUGAGUGGUGGAUUUGGACAUCAUCACCAUCACCAUGGUGGACCAGGGUUUGGCGGUGGUCCUGGAUUUGGCGGUGGAGGCUUUGGGGGUCACGGAGGUGGCUUCGGAGGACCAGGUGGAGGUGGUGGCUUUGGACAUCAUGGAGGUGGUUUUGGAGGACCUGGCGGCGGUGGCUUUGGUGGUCCUGGUGGCGGACACGGCGGAGGUCCCGGUGGAUGGUAA